AUGGACCCCUCUCCCCUCGCUGGACCAUCUAGCAGCCAGUCUCAGCUCCCCUCUGUCGCUGCACCACCCACGGCGAACGCUGAGACUGCCCCGACUCAAAGCGCACCCAGGAACGACCACUGCGAUGAGGCACCAGCUCCUGCCGCCACGUUCAUCGCUAUCCCCAAAUCCCACUCAGCCGACACCACCUCGGACGCUCAACUCGAGUCAGAUGAGCGCUCCACUUCGGGGCCUUCCCCGCACCCGCUGCAGUCCGACACCGUCAACGGCGCAGGCGCUGGGAGCCAAAGGGCAGGUGCCACUUUCAGCUUCGAUAGUAAUCCCGUAAUGGAUCGUCGAGAUCCAGCUGGCAAUACACCUCCAUCAUUGGGUGCUGAGGCGGAACCCAGAAAGAACGGCGAGGGGAGCGGGCGGAGCCUCAGGUUGACUAUCGGCGGUAUGGAUGCGCAUGGCAGUAGGGCAGCUUCAGAGGCGAGAGCUGGCGAAUUGAGGGCAGGAGAACCCGCACAAUCGAUCACCCCCACCCAUUCCCCACCCCGCUUAUUACCCAAGGCCAAACGUGUGGGACGUCCGCCCAAAGGCAUCAACGGCGCAGACGACGGGAAGGCGAGCGGUCGCGACCCGGCAGCUGGGUCUAGCAGUCAAGCUCGCCGCCCCCAGCCUAUCCAACCCCGUCCGGAACAUGUCAUCGCCAACGAGUUACCCCUCCACCCCUCCUUGCGGUCAAACAAUGCCGAGGCGGGCCCUUCACACACGCACCACCCAGUCGAGAACGGCGUAGACAUUGGAGGCGACACGAUCAUGCGGGAUGUCGCCGAGGGGCUAGUGCAGGAGCAGCGGCGGAGUCUGCGGGGGAGAGCUGCGCGCUCAGGCCUGGCUACAGACCGAGCGGAGGCUGUUGCGGGCGGAUCAGAAAUGAGUAUCAUUGCUGGUGUCAACGCAAGUGGGAAGGGCGUCAAGAUUGGGGGAGCGGGUAAGAUCGGGACAGGACCUGGCGGGGUACAACGCAAAAAGAAGAAGGGAGAUCUCGAAGCUCCCAACCAGGACUUCUGCUCAGUAUGUCGCGGUGUCGGCCGAUUCCUCUGCUGCGAUGGUUGUCCACGUUCCUUCCACUUCAUGUGCCUUGAGCCGCCUUUACGAGUGGACGAACUCCCGCAGGAAGAGACGUGGUACUGCAAGAAGUGCAAGGAUGAUUUUGCCAACGAGAACAAAUCCUCUGGAGCGCUAACCGGUCCCUCUCCGUCGCCUGCACCUGGCGGACCCCCUGCAAAGCCUACACUACGGCCCAUCCCGGCAACAUUCAGGAUGCUCGUCAAGCGCGUGGACGAGGAGAAUCCGAUGCAGUUCCGCCUGCCUCUCGAGGUCCGGAUGUACUUUGCGGGUGUGGGGGAGACGGCGGCGGGAGGGUACUUUGAGGAGGUGGAGACUGGGCGGAAGUCUGAUCGCAAAGGCUUCGAUGCUGAACGCGAUCCUACCCGCCUCAAAGACUCCCGCUCUCGCCUCGUCGCGUGCUACGUCUGCGGCGGCACGUCCCUUCCCGACAAGACGCUCGCGACCGAUCCCGAACCCGCCUGGCGCCUCAUCGUCAGCUGCGACUAUUGCGCCCUGCACUGGCACCUCGACUGCCUGAGCCCACCGCUCGCGACGGUCCCGAAUCUGAUCGGGAACAGGAAGUGGAUGUGUCCUAAUCACGCCGAGCAGGUCAUGCCUCGCCGCCGGACUGUUGCUGCUGGCGUUGAAACCGUGGAUGUCAAACACCUCGCGACGCCCAAUAAUGGCAACAUUGUCAUUGUACCAGAAGCGCGUCGACCUCAGUUGUCGAUCGAGGAUAUCAUGGUGAAUAGGCGGAAGUAUAGGGUUCCGGAGCGGAUCAUCCAGCUGGACUUUUUCGAUCGCGUCAAGGGGCGGAAGAGAACUCCUCCACCGGAUGCUGAAAGAGGGAGGCGCUCGGGAUCCGAGUCGAGCUCGGGCUUGACAAGUCUGGGAAGUGACAGUCCGCCGACCAAUCGACACGACCUGGAAGCGGUCCGGCUGAUUAUGGGCUUAUCCUCGGCCAAGCCCAAUCCGGUCAUCCAGCCGGCACGCGCAGACGUCCAGGCCCGUAACGGAGCCGGCCCCUCCCUCCCGACGCCUAGUGCUGCAGAGCCAAUGGUCAUCGAUGACGAUGACGAGGACGACCGGCUCUCCCCUCCUCCUCCAGCCCGCAUUGCUCCCCGCGCUCCACCUCAAUCACCAAAGAUCCGCCUAGCGAUCGGCCCGUUGGGGUCGCCCAAGGCAAAAGAGGCUGCCACAAAAACUCCAAUCGUGAAACUCAAGCUUCGACAGCCGGUCAUUACAGGCUGGCAACCUCCACCGGAAAUCGCUCCCCCUCUCAGCUUUAAGCCGGGCUCUAGCGCUGCUGUACCUCUCUCCAUGGCACCUCCGUCCCUCAAUCGCUCGUCUGUCCGUCAGGCACCCCUCCCCGUCCGCCCUCCCGCUCAGGCGGACUCCUCCGGCGAUCUUUCGCCUCCCCCUCCACUAUUCAGUCUCCUCCCCGCGGACCGCAAAGGUAAAGGUCGAGCCGUACCUAGGACGAACCCAUCGCAGACUACUCCGGCCACUGCGCAUCAUGCCCGAGAUACCAGCGGGACCGACGCUACGGGCUCGGAAGUCGACCAGCUCGACUCGCGCGUCGCUUCUCCCAGGAUAUCCGCCCUUAAUACCCGGCGCACGGCCUCCGCAUCCAGCUCCUCACGCAAGCGCAAUGCGGAAGUCGUCUCGGAGGGGGAGAGCGAGAUGCCAACUCCGUCGGAAGCAUCGCCUGUACCCACACCCGCCAAGCCUGCUCGGAAACGGACCAAGGCCAAGGCGCCGAACACCCCACUCCCGGGCUUGGGGGUAGCUGGGCCGAGUACAGCUUCCGGUUCCGGCUCAGGGCAAACUCCGGGGGGUCAGGCGGGUCCGUCCAGCGCACCACUGCCGCAGUACAUCCCGCCCCAGAUCACGGGGGCGAUGGCGCUUGCGAUGCUGGACGCGGUCAAGGCAAGUGGGGAUGGGAGCAUCCCGCUGAAUGUGGCCAAGGCGCUGGCGGAGGCCACGAGGGCGGAUAUGCGGAGGCAGCGAGAGGAGGAGGGGCGGCGAUAA